AUGGCGCUGUGUGUUCCGGUGCUACUUCUCGGUGGCUUGCUACUCACCUGCCCGGGUGCCAACUCGUGGGAUCUUCGCUCGGUCGGAAUCGAUAAGUUUCACGUGCGCCAUGUGUCGUUGUACCGUAACCGUGCCUUUUUGACGAUCGAAUCGGCUGCCUCGAACGUGUCCCUCGUGGAGGCUUCGUGGCCUGAAAACCUUCCCGGCUAUAAUCACCGGGCGCGCGUACUGUCCGACGAUGGGGACGAGUCCUGCCAGGCGUUGCAGCGGGUGUUGUGCACCGACGUCGAUCGGCUCGCUCGGCUGUGGGUCCUGAGUGGCCCGGAUGGCCACUGUCCACCGAAGUUGCUGAUCCGCAGUCUGCUAGGACCACAGGCGGGUGAAAUUCAGCACCGGUUCCAACGGAGUGAUCGACACUUCCAGACGGUGGUCGUUGAUCCGGUUCCUGCGGCCGACGGGGACACCCGUGCGUUUAUCACGCUGCACGAUCACGACUACAUUCUGCUCUAUUCGCUCUUCAAACGAUCCCUCGGAAUGCUCAAGUUUGAGAAAAACGAUCUCUCCGCGCUCCAUCCGAUCUCACUGUCGGAGGUAACGGUAAACCACAACCGACUGUACGUGGCCGACACGGUGAGCGAUCGGUUGUUUGCGCUACCGGUGCGAAACCUCCGUCAGAUGGCCUUCCCGGAGGAUGGCAUCCACAGGAUCGUCAUGAAGACGAGCAUCACGUACCUGGGGCAGCUGCUGGGGCGUCCUCACGGACUCAAGCUCGAUUGCCGGGACAAUCUGCUGUACGUUUUGCCGCGGGACGGAGCGAUCGUUCUGUGGAGCGCUGGCCGGGCGCUGAAGGCCGAGAACCAUCGGGUUGUGUUUCAGCAGAGUGGCCACAUCGCCCAGAUCAUACUCGGGGUGGCGGGGAAGGCGUGGGCCGUAUCCGCGGACUUCGUGUCACCGGCCACUCGACGGCACUGCGUGAAGCUCGUCCUUUGA